GAAGAAACGUAAUUUUUUUUUAUUUUUUCGGUCUUUUUCGUGCAAUAUUAGAACAAAUCCAAAUCAUUUGCAAGUGCCAACGCCGUUCUACUCGGAAAAGUAUUCCUUCUGACCGUACAACCAGGUAUUUUUGUGAACAAAAUUCACAAAAAACAUGAACGGAGUUACAGAACUAGAGCAUUUAAGGACACAACUUACGGUAGCUAGAAGUGAAAUUAAAAAUUUAAGGCAACAAGUCAAAAAUUUGCAACACAUAUUUUCGAAAGAGCAUCAAUACGCGUUGAAGUUACUAAAUGAGUUUUCCUCUAAGGACUGUGAGCGAAUCGAGACGAUAGGCGAAAUCGAGAAGAAUACGUCUUUUUCCGACACCGAAAACGCGGUUACUUGCGAUAACGAUGACGUACACUUUAAACCGAUAGGAGUUAUAAGAACAGUUUUUAGUGAAAAACGUGCCGUACCCCGCCAAGCUGUUUUAGCAUCCACCGUUGAAAGCCGUAUCGAAUUGUCACCCAAGAUAUUUAACAACCCCGAGCAUUCGUUAGAGGGUUUAGAAAACUUUUCGCACAUUUGGAUCAUCUACUACUUCCAUCGGCACCCGAAUCACACGAAAGCUAAAGUAGCCCCUCCAAGACUCGGUGGUGAACGAGUUGGCGUAUUCAGUACAAGAUCGCCCCAUCGCCCUUGUCCGAUUGGAUUAUCUCUGGUACAGCUGGAUAGAAUUGAAGAUUCGAAGGUGUAUUUUUACGGAACAGAUAUGGUGAAUGGAACUCCCGUUUUGGAUAUUAAACCUUAUAUACCGCAGUAUGAUAUUCCGGUCAGGCAAGUGGAACUAGAGUUUAAUAAUUCUAGAGAGGCCCCUGACGGUGAAGAGACCAGCGUGUUAGGUAGCGUUCCGUCCACUUCACGUUUGGCACCAAUUGCCAAUGUAUCUAUCCCAAGCUGGGUGCUGCAAUCUUCUAAUCUAAAUGUAGAAUUCUGUCCACUAGCGGCCACUCGAAUACAAGCGCUUGGAAUUACACAGGCUUCCAUUGUAGAUGUCCUAAAGGCAGAUCCGCGGUCCGUCUAUCUGCGAACAAAAUAUGGUUCCCAAACAUACACGUUUGGGCUGGGCGAUCUAACAGUUACAUGUAAGUUUGAUGAUAAAAAAGCAACUGUAACGGUGCUUCAAAUACGUAAUGACGUCGACACAGAAACGGCUCUCAGUACCUUGUAGGAUAACGAUACAUCUUACACUAAAGAAAAUAUACGAAAAUUGAAUAC